ACUCAGAAACAGACAGGAACGAAAAGAGCAGCUUUAGGGAGAUUGUAUUUAUUGCGAAAGUAUACACCUGUAACUGUUCACGUUAGUUCCCAAAAAUGAAGCUUUUUCUGCAAACCACGAUUUUGUGCUUUUUGAUGACAGCUGGACUGUGUCAUGAUGAAUUCUACACGCUCAACGGAUUCCUAGAUUGGCUAGGUCAGUUUCAGUCUGCAUACGUCAGCCCCAACACGGCUUAUCGGAGCCGGGCCUCUAUCAGAGAGGUGGCUCACGGGAUUCGAUCCCUCGUCCCCCAGUUUGACGACCUCAAGCAUAAGUACCUGUUAUUUGGCGUAUAUGGUUUAGUUACCAAUCCUGACCAUCUGGUAGGAGCUGACAAGUCAGCCGUGCCCAGCAAUCUAUACAACGCGCAAACCGUCAGCAAUGUACCAGAGAGCAUUCGCAAACAUUUGACACAAAUUAUGGACUUCAAGAUCGAAAAGGAGGGACCAAGAAAGUACAAGGCUGAGGGUAUUACACAGGUGAAAUACCCGGAUGGUACAGCUGACACUAUUGCAGCAGGUUACCUGGUCAUGGGAAUUUGUGCAGGAUUGGAGUACAACAGGGCCAGUAACUUUAACCUGGAGAGUAUCAACAACCUCGUGGCCACGACGAUCGGGGAGCUUUUGGUGGCUUCCGCUCUGCGAAGCAGAAACGGUACACAAGGCAACUAUGUCGGUCCUUCAGGAAGCUGGGAUGACCCGAACAUGCCUCACGAGUUUACCUUCAAGACGCCCCCAACGGCAGCCACGGAUCCCCAGGUAAAGGGAGCAGUGGAUGGGUUCCUCAUAGGGAAGAAGCUGUCCAAAUUGGGCAAGAGAGACGGCUUCUCCUUGCCCCAGGUCAUUCGCAAGUAUUACCAGCAAGAAGCUAAGUACCGGUUUUACCUGUUCUAUCAGAACAUUGACCGGCUGGACCUGGAGGACGAGGUGUACCGAUGCGCUAGGAUCUGCUCCAGAGAAGAGGCAUGUGGCACCAACGGGGUGUACGACUUGCGCAUUGUCGACUGUCAACAAGACGACGAAAAACUGAAGCGGGCGGCAGAUACCGCCGUCGAUAGGUUCUACACCCGCUACCUCUUCUGGUCUGCUCCGCUGGACGUCGCCAAAGGGUAGUGUGCUGCCGUUACAGGAGACAAUCGUUGUGGACACGUCAAUUAAUUCACCAUCAUAGCGGCCAAAACAUACCAAGCCGAAGCUUCAAAAACUGGUGACUGUGGAUAAGGAAUAUGUUAAGGUACUAUACAAACGCUCUUUCAUGUAGAGUGUCAACGUUAUCAACAAUCACGACAAACGUAACCCUUUUAGGUCAAUAAAAUUAAAAUAACAAUAACUGAACCUUUUAUGAGGGCUGCUGCUAUUUAAAGUAGUUUGAUUUCGAGUAUAAAAACUUACAAGGCAACGAUCAGUUGUGAUUAUUACAACCACAGCGACGUCCAAGACGGGAUCAUCUUCUUUUCUUGUUCAGCCGUAAGAUACAGUCCCGAAAAUGUUGGUACGUUGUAACAUAAAAGUUUGACAUGAUAAUAUCUUUAGUCUGUUCGCAGGACUCCGUUUGAUAAAAACUGCCUGAUAAUAAUCAAGUAACUAAUCUCCGCGGCUUUCGUUGCCAUAAGCGUUAUUGUUGAAGUUACCUACACAUAUACAUGUAUACCAGCAAAUUUUAAAAAAGCACAACGUCUGUCUGGCUAAAAACAUGAGAUAUCAUUAAUUUUAUAUACAGCCAUAGCAAAAACGAGUACAGAAAAAUAAAUAAAAAAACAUACCAAAAUUUAUGCACGCAAGACUGGAGAUCAAUAAGAAAGUUACGAAAAUGAGAAAUCUCGACAAAGAGGAUUCAAAGGUUUGCUAUCGGUUUUGGUCCGUUUCAAGAAACGUUUUAAGUUCUUCAGCUCUGAAACCGGUCCCAGUCACGUAAGACACGAUUCACCUCCAGUAUAUGGUUAUACACAAAACCCAGUACAGUGAACUCAUCUAUACUUCUUGGAUCUGUGUUUCAAACUUGACACAAGUAUAUACUAUAAGAUGAAAUCGCUUCUUGUAUUCAAUGGCACAUUCCAUACAGCCGUGAAAAUUUGAAACUUCUUCACAAUGCUUCGUGUUUGAUAAAUGAAGUUGAAAUUUAGAUACAUUUGUUCGAAUAUAGCACUGAUAAGGUGAAGAAAAUUUUCAUUCUGAAGCCGAAAAAUAAGAUCGUAUUUCAAAUCUGGACUCCUGUCAGAGUCCUUUGUGGAAUUGGCUUUGUGGAAUCGGUCCCCGUAUAUGAAUACAAAGACGCAGAGCGUAUAAAGAGUUUCAGAAAACACCAAAAAUGAGAUCACAGUAAAUCCCAUACCGCUUAACAUGGAUUAAUGUUGGAUAUAUCUUAUCGGACAGGUACUAAGUAUAAGCCUAACCCGCCUGACACAAAUCCACCCCCAAGCCGAGCAUUAUUUGCUUUGUAAAUUAUGUGUCUUUUCUGGAGCAUGCGGAGAUCAAACGGGAACAGACUGUGUUUUUUUUGUCUCACCAGAUGGCCCUAUAAUAUGAAGAAAAAGAGACUGGGCAUACAAGUCAUGACAGUGGAGAAUAAUAUCUGUCCAUCCCCUUGAGACUCAUUUACACCAGGCGAGCUUCACAUUAUUCCGUUUUGGGUGAAAACUGUAAAUCUCAAACAAUGAAGUGCUUAUAACAAACAAGUGCUCAAAAGUCAGUACCACUGAACCUACCACUGAACCAACCACUGUCCAUCCAUAUACUGGUUUCCAGUUCUUGUAGAUCGACAAGAUGUAGUUACAAGAAGUUCUGAUCGUUCUCCCAGACCAAAUUAAAACGAUAAACUUGGUUUGCUCAAGUAGCGUCUUGGUUAGUUCGUAUGUUCUGAGUUUUGAGCACUUAUAUACAAUUCACAUAGAGUAUCCACCUCAACAUAUGCAAAACUUGUUGACAUACAUUAGCUAGCCAGAACUUAUGCAUAAAUUAAAAGAGGGACAAAUAUAACAAUAAACUAAGCUUAGAUAUAUGAAGCACUCAGAUAGGUAUACUAAGGGGAAUAUGAAAAUAAUUAAAACAAAAAACAUGAACAGACAAUGAAAAUGGCACAACACUAAGAUGCCGGAAUAGAAGCACGUGAUGAUCAAAACUAUACCACUUAUGGUGGAAGUAUAUG